ACAAAUUCAGCACUUCUGAACAUAACAUGUGGCUGUGAGUGAGAUAGCCGUGGGCUAUACAAAAAACGGUGCAUGGUAGGCUGGUGUUUUUUAUAAUGGAUGAAAAACCCGGUUGCACAAUAUUAGCUAAGGGUUCAUUUUCAUCUCCCUAUCUUUAAUGUGACGGGUGAAAAAUAAAUGCACGGACACACCUUAGCUUAUGUCAAGGUGGUGAGUGUAUAUUCGUACCAGUGCUCAGUCAUUACACUCAUUUCUGGGAAAGUGUGUAACCUACUCCGAUUCAAGGUACAUUCAGUGGAGACAGUAGCACUAGCAGCCGAAUUUUACGUCUUCUUCUCUUCUUUUUUAAAUGGCUAGGCUACUUGUACGCGAUACUUGAUUCUGUUACGGCAAUUAAUGUUUUUAAUAUUCGAGUUACUUAGACUGUUGAAUGAAGAUGUGUGACGUCAGGAGACCGCAAGUAGCACUUGUCGUAGCCUACAUUGGGAUAAAAAGUUACAAAGCUAGCUAAUUAGGCUAUAUGUUGUAUUUUGUCGCUCUUUGGCUAGGCGCAUUUUCUAAACUUCUGAAACUUCGAUGACGUUACAUGGGACCGCUUAUUCCGUUGAAUUCUCAGUAAAUUGGCAUGGAUAGACCCGAUCUUCAAAGACUGUUUUCAGCGUGCGACGUAAAUAAAUCGGGUAAAAUUGAGUAUGAAGAUUUUACCGUAGUUUGUCGAGAGCUAAACGUCCCCAAUACCGAGGUCAAGACUUUGUUCAAUAAGUUUGACAUAGAAAGAGUUGGAUAUGUCGACUUCGGCGAUUUUUUGGCCCGGUUCAACGAGGUUUCUGAAACGCUGGACUUUACUGCACUUGGAGAAGUGCAACAUGGAAGAAGCGCUUGGGACGAAUUUGAGGACACAAUGGAAGGCGAUACGAGUUAUUUGGGAGGUGCCAGGGAGCAACUGGCCGAGCUCUACCAGCAAAUCCACUCGACGUCUGACAUUGCCCUCCUGCGUCAGUGUGAGACUGUGAUAAAGACGCUGGUGAAGGACUGCAAGGACCAGGUCUCUGAGAGCCAGCAGCUGGAGACCAGCCUGAGAAGGGUGGAGGAGAUGACUUCUCGUCAGCUGACGGAGCUGGAGGAGGACCUGCAGGAGCAGCUGCUUCAGAUGGAGAAGAGGGUGAAAGCGGAGGAGCAGCAGAGGAUGGAAGCGGCCAUGAGUGAGAUGCAAACCAGGCACGAGGGGGAGGUGGCAGACCUGCGGGCCACUGUGCAGAGACUCAUGAAGCACCAGGAGGAAUCACAGUUUGGCAGUCCCAGAGUGGACGUCCGGCAGCUGAGGAAGCAGAUCCGCGAGACAGGGCAGGAGAACGAGGCGCUGCGGAGCUCCCUCCUCGGCGCGCAGACCAGCGUCUCCAUCCUGCAGGCGGAGCUGGACCAGCUGAAGAACGAGUACGCAGACGAGCGCCUGCAGCACGAGAGGGAGAACAGCGACUUGAAAAAGAUGCUUGCGGAAUGCCAGUCCUACUCCAGCCACAUCGGAAUCCUCCAGGAAGUGAACAGGAAGCUGUACGACAGCAACGACGGGCUGCGGUCAGCGCUGGCCAUGAACGCGGCCACCGCCAAGAGGAGGCUCUCGCCCAAAGAUGAGACCCCAACCAGGAAGCUCCGGUCCGUUCCGCAGAGCACCCGCAACUGCAGUAUUGCCAGCGAGGACGAGGCCAUGUCUGUCGACUCGACUGGCGGCCAGUACUCCCACGUCACCAGCUGGGCAGAGCGGUACCUGGACGGCAAACCGUCGCCGAGGCUGGGCAUGGCGGACGGCUCGAGCAGCGAGUACGACAGCGACAACACCCAGGACUCCGUGGAGACGGUGCACCGCAGCUGCUCCUACACGCCCUCCGACAUCGAGAUGUCCGAUCUGAAGGCGGAGGACUCGGUUUCCAUGGCGCCCAGCAAGACCAGCUCCGUGGCUUCUUCCAUUCGCAGGCGACUCUCAGCCUUCACGUCUAAGCAUGUGGAUGUAGACACUCCAAUCUCUGAAGAGCCCUCCCCCAUGUACAGGCUUGUCCUGGCGGGAGACGCGGGUUCGGGGAAGUCCAGUUUCCUGCUCAGGCUGAGCUCAAACGAGUUCAAGGGAGACAUGCAGUCGACGCUGGGUGUGGAUUUCCAAAUCAAAAGGAUGCUGGUGGAUGGAGAAAAGACUCAUCUGCAGAUCUGGGACACUGCUGGACAAGAGAGGUUCCGGAGCCUUGCCAGGUCCUACUUCCGCAGAGCGCAUGGAGUUAUACUGCUGUACGACGUCACUUCGGAGACAAGCUUCCUCAGCGUGCGAGAGUGGAUGAACCACAUUCAGGACUCCACGGACGAGCGCCUCCCCACCUGCCUGAUCGGGAACAAGGCGGACCUGCGGGCGGCGCUGCCGGAGGGGGGCUGCGUGAGCGCCGCUGACGGGGAGAAGCUAGCCAAGACGUAUAACGCCCUGUUCUGUGAGACCAGCGCCAAAGAGGGAACCAACGUGGUCGAAGCAGUGCUCCAUCUUGCACGGGAAGUGAAGAAGCACGCAAAGCUGAGACGGAUGUCGGAUCCGCGAACAAGGCUGAGUUUGACCAACGAGAAGAAGAAAGCGCUCAGUAGCUGCUGUGGAGUGUAGCCUGAGUGCGUCUGCCAGCUGGAGGAGCCGGUAACCCUUCAGACUGUAUUCCAGCAGUUUCCACACGAUGCUAAAGGUGUACUUGUAUUCCAGCAGUUUCCACACGGUGCGACCAUGCUAAAGGUGUACUUGUAUUCCAGCAGUUUCCACACGAUGCUAAAGGUGUACUUUUAUUACAGUGGUUUUCACACGGUGCACUUCCUUUCUGGAAAUCUGAUUUCUAGGAGUUUUAAAAUGUUUUGUAUUUCUUUUAAGUACACCUGGAGCAUGCUUUUGAAUUAAGAGAUUUCGUUAACUUGGCGGUUUCCUUACUGCCAGACUUUUUCCGAGGACAACACAAAAAGGUACGCUUAUCUGUUUUUAUUUUUUUGUUAAGAAAAUGUCUGUAAAAUCAAAAACACUGAAGCACUGGACUACAGUAAAUACUGUAACUAAGAUGCCACCAAAUGUUUGAACACAAGAAUCGGGCUCCACGGGGAUAAUGCAGAACUGUAUUUAUUAAAUUUGUUGUUAUAACUAUAUUGUGUACAGGUAUGUUGUACAAUUUAGUUUUGCAUUGAAGAUUCUUGUUGCGGCAAAACCAGUUGUACAAAUGUCAAUCAUUUUUGUAUUACUUUUAAAAAAUACAGAUCUCACUAAUG